AUGAGCUUCACUCGCAGCAAUGGGCUUACUAGACAUCAUCAAACUCAUCGAGGCAGCAAACCUUAUAAAUGCUGGGAAUGUGGCAAGAGCUUCAGUCGCAUCGACUCCCUUUCCUCGCAUGAAAGAAUUCAUAUAGGGGAGAAACGAUAUAAAUGUUUGGAGUGUGGCAAGAGCUUCUGUCACGGUAGCCAUCUCACGUUGCAUCAAAGAACUCAUGCAGGAGAGAAACCGUAUACAUGUUUGGAGUGUGGAAGGAGCUUCAGGUGCAGUAGCUCCCUUACGUUGCAUCGAAGAACUCAUACAGGAGAGAAACCGUUUACAUGUUCAGAGUGUGGAAAAAUCUUCAGUUGUGUUAGCUCCCUUAGGUUGCAUCAAAGAACUCAUACAGGAGAGAAACCGUAUACAUGUUCGGAGUGUGGAAAAAGCUUCAGUCGCAGUUAUCAGCUUACUAGACGCCAAAGAACUCAUACAGGGAGGAAAUCUUAG